AUGAAUGGUGGAAUAUUUAGAAUUUCGGCGCGUGUUAGUAAUUAUCAUUAUUAUACCCAACCAGUUGAUCCAGAAGCAUUAGCUGCUGCCGCAAGACGAGUGCGCACCAGUGUCGAUGACAAGCAUCUCCAAAGGAAUCCUCGACAUUCACAUGCUAGUUCAAAUAUGAUGCCGGAAGCAAGGAUGAGUUCAAGUUCGAGUAUGGGUUCUACAAACACAUCCACAAACAGUCUAAGUAGCACAAUUAGUACAUCAAGACCAUGGCGACGGUUAUCGAAUAUCAAAAAUUCUCUGUUAGGAACACCACGAUUUCAUCGAAGAAAAUUGAGUAGUGGAAGUAGCGGAACUGGAGAAAGUGAUUCUGAAGAAAAUCAAAUGUUGGAAUCCUCCGAUCUAGUGAAAAAAUCAUGGUUUGGAUCGCUUGCAUCAAGCGUAAGUGUUGAGCGGAAUGAUGUUCAAAUAAUACCGGCUCACGGGAAGACAGUAAAUGCCAUUAAAGCCGAACUUAUACGUGCUUUUCUAACGAUUCACGAGCUUAGUCAUUCUGUUGUUGGUCAAAAUUCAUUUCGUGUUGAGUACAAGCGUGGGCCAACUGUUGGUGGUAGUGUUUUUUCGAGAGGUGUGAAAAUGCAGGUAGAUAUUGUCCAAGCAGCUCACAGAACAGCGUCAGAUGAAGAAACUCCAAUGUAUGUAGUCCAGUUUACACUUCUUGCUGGUCCAGUGAGACGAUUCAGAAGACUUGUUGACCACCUCACAGCUAUUUUGCAAGCAUCCCAACAAAGGUCUGAUAGAAGCAUAGCACUGAUGGUGCGUCCCAGGAGGCUUUCUGAUUCGAGUGUUAGCAGCGCCUGUUCCGAUUCAGAUUCUAAUACAGCUACAACGAUUCCACAUGUUAGAAGUCAGACUGCGGAAAGAGUUGAGACAAAUUCUACACUUGACACAUACACCUUACGCUCAGCAAGUGAUAUACGACAUGCACAGUCAUCCAACAACGAUUUAACUUAUCAAAGAUCUCGAAGAAACAUCUUAGCAGCUUAUUUGAAAUCACCGGUGCCGCGCAGGCGAAAUCCGUCGUUGGUAUUGAAUGAAAAUGGAACCCACGUGAUAACAGGAUCGAGAUCUACUAGUGCAAAAGCACGCAAAGGAUCGUUGGGUGCAGGAGUUGCUGCUGCAGAAGAAGAGUCAACUCGGAACAUACUAGCAUGUAAUGCUUCUGCUGAUGAGCAUUCACCUUCAAGUACGCGUAACAUCGAAAGCCGAUCUCAGUCUGGUACACCCAAACAGUCGCUGACACCGUCAUGUCGACAACGAACUUCGCAAAUUCCUAUUCUCAAGUCCGAUAAUCUUUGA